CCACCUUCCCUUUUGUAUCAUGUCCGUGGAAAGUCUCGUGGCCAACGACGGCGCCAUGUCCACAGGCGAUACAGUCGUCGUAAGUGAGACCACGACCGCUGGCACGACAGAUGGGGACUCUCGCAGCCGGAACGCCCCAGUGAAGGGGAGCAGAAGAUUGAUCCAACCCAGUAUCCGCAAACCCGCGGCGAAGAUUACCAAGAAGAAGCAGACGAAGAAGGCCCCUCCCCGUGGUUCGGUGCGUCACUUCCCGUGCCGGCCCUGCGUCACCCGCGCCACAAGGGCUCCCGGCCAUGAAUGUGCCUCUCAAGACAGUAUGCUUGGUUUCCCAAGGCCGUACACCUCCUACGCUGACAUGCACGGAGUAGAUACAGGUGCUGCGUGCUGGGACUGUGCAAAGACCGGCCACACAUGCAGGCCGGUCCCCACUGCGGCUCAUGCUGCUGUGCGUGCCUUUUGGGACCUGAACCGGCAGUUCAGUGGCGUGAAUGACGAUCCGGAUGAUGCCUGGCGCGCUGCUGCGCUGCGCGCCGCACAGCAGUUACGAGCUUGCGGUAGUGGUGCGGCUCCUCCUGCCGCUCCAGUACCAGCUCCUGCUUUGGAUUCGUUUGGGGAGGUAUUAGAGAAGAGUCUCGAGGAGAGAAAGGUUAUAGCGUUGGAGGCCAUCGCCGGAGCUGCUCGGCUCUGGGUUCAGCUCAUUCAGCAAGGCGAAGACGAUGAAGAGGAGGAUGAGGAUAAUUGAGAAGGGGCAUAAAGCUUAAUGCCGCUUUGAACAGAAUAGAAAUGCAAUCUGCUGGUCCGCUGCGGGCUCGCUGCGGCGACUGUAUCUUCCCUGUCACUCGCAAAAAUCAAGAAAUUCAAGCUGAGGUACCUAGGCCAAUGUACUGCGGGUCAGCGCGAAUAUGUCUCUAACCUAAUUUGGCACCUGCGUGGUGAUUUUGGGGGUUUUGCAACAGUGACCCCUAUAGCCUGUCGUA